AUGAUGAUGCUACUCUGCACGUGGGUUUGUGGCCUGGCUGCGGCUUUUCGUCAGUCUGCUCAUCUUUUGUUGGAUCACCACCACAAGUUGUCACUCGACACAUGGACAUUAUGUGAAAUUCAGGAGGCCUUCAGUUUGAUACUAGAAAUAGAACAACACACUAAUUUUCACGUGCUGCCUCCCAAUCAUCGUCAGCAUCCUGCCAUUCCCCAGCUUCAGUUUAUUUAUGACCUUUUGCAGAAGGUUACUGGUUUAAGACUGUGGGCAAGACAAGGACAUAGCCUCCCAGCAAAUGAAACUACAAGCCUUCGUUGUUUUCGUAGUUUGCAAGCACUUGAGUUAGAUCAUGUAUCAAUUACGACCAAGGCUCUACAGACUUUGCGGCCGACUCUCAAGUCCAUAUCAUCUGUCAAGGGGCUUAACAGGCUGAGUGAUCUCUUCAUUCGAUGUGGUGCUGACAAGGCUGGUGAGUUCAUUUGGGAACAGUUGCAAGAAGCUGUUCUGGCUCACAAUUCUCUUGGUGCUCUGGAUCAUAGUUUGAGUCUCCUGCCUAAACUGAAGAUAUUAGAUCUGAGUCACUGUGAGCUAGAAGAUGCAUCUGCCUUAGAAUGCUUGCCCUCUGUGACUCACGUUGAUAUCAGCCACAAUCUAUUGCGCCUUAUUCCAAAAUUUUCCAAUACUGCUCAGUACUCACUUCUUGUGCUGGUAGCCAGUAAUAAUCUUUUCUCGCAUAUAGAAGGUUUGCAGAAUACCAACAACCUAGAGGAAUUAGACUUGCGAGAAAAUGUCCUCUCAUUGCAAGGUGUACUGUCACACUUUGGUGCCUUACCUCAAUUUACGUACUUAGACUGGAUUGGUAAUCCUGUUACGUUUAAUCAGAAUUACCGAAUGCAUUUGAUCAAACAGCUCAAUCCUGCAACUUCUAAUCAUAAGGUAUGA